AUGUUGGCUAUAGGACUGAGGGGGUUUUGGAAGGUUCUUGUGACUCGGAGUACUUCAUAUCUGUGGACGCAGCUGGACCUGGCUGAAAAGGCUGAAUAUUCAAAGCAUGGGUGCCAGUACUCAAAGUUCAGCACCAUUUUCAAGUAUGUCUUGUGUCGAGACUUCGCUGUUCUGGAAGAUCAUACCUUGGCCCAUAACUUACAGGAGCAAGAGAUUGAGCAUCACUUGGCAACAAAUGUUCAGCGUAAUCGUCUGGUGCAACAUGACUUGCAGGUGGCCAAGCAACUGCAAGAAGAGGAGGAUCUGAAAGCACGUGCUCAAAUCCAGAAACACCGAAAAGACUUAGAACGACAGGACUGCGAGAUCGCUCAGGAAAUCCAAGUGAAGCUGGUAUUUGAAGCAGAGCAGCGCCGCAGGCAAGAGGAAAAAGAUGAGGACAUCGCUCGCCUCCUGCAACAGCAGGAAGAAAAAAAGCACAAGAAGCACUACCCAGAAUCCCAGGGACACACAGCCUAUGAAGAUAGCUAUUAUGCAGAAAAUGGAGGCACUAAGUUGAGGGGGACUAAGCAAGCCAUGUAUGAUACACCCCGAAGGGAACAGGAGCUGUCUGAUGCAGAGAUUGCUCGGAAGCUGCAGGAGGAAGAGCUCCUGGCUAACGAGGCAGAUCAGAAGGCAGCUCAAGUAGCCCAAGAUGAGGAAAUUGCCCGACUCUUGAUGGCAGAGGAGAAAAAAGCUUUCAAGAAAGGGAAGGAGAGAGAAAAGUCUUCCUUUGAAAAGAGGAGGCAUGAUCAAGACUGGAAGCAUGAUGCAAGCGAGUCCCCGCGCUCAAGGUCAAAAGAAGGGCCUGAAACUCAGCGACACAAAGGCGACAGGUCUUCAAGGUCACAGCCUCUCCUCGAUGACUUUGAACACCCUCGGUAUUACACAAGCCAGCCCAGCCCCUUGCGCCAGAUCCCCAGACCUGAGCAUUCUCCUAAAGGUUCCCGUAGGAAGCAGUAGACCAUGCUAGCCUUUGCUUUGGUACUGACUCUUCUGUAGCAAACAUUACUGGAAUUGCCAGGCAACUUUCUCGAUUCCUUACCCAGUGGGAGGUACAGCCUCCACUCCCAGGAUCUCCUCUUUGAGUGUCAUCAUAUUAAUAAGGAACACUUGUUUGUUUUGAUUUCUUACUUGUAUGUGAUCACCUAAGCAGUGCAGUAUAAUCUAGCCACCACUGAGCUGUGUGAAUCAAGUAGCUGACUUAACAGGUCCCUCUUAUAUUCUUUCAAAGCUUCCCUUGGUUUUGUUUUUUUUUUUUUUUUUUAAGCUUUGGCUGGACCUUUGACAAAUAGAGAUGCACAUACAACAGGGAGGAAAAUCCAGGAUAUGAGCAGGGUUAUGGCAGUGCAGCAGGACAUCAGAAAUACAAGUCCUUUCCGUAUUAGGAUGACUUAGCAAAGAGAGUUAUAAGAGGAAACAUGUUUCUUCCUGUGCUGGGUAGGACAGCUGAGCCAAGCUGACGGUCAUGCUAGCUUGCAGGAAGGAGAGAAGAUCUUCAUAACAUACACCAGCAAAAGCCAGAACCUGGGACUGUUGAGGAAGAAGUUACCUAUAGAACAAAAUUUCUUAACUAGUGUAUUUCUUUCUAGGGUUUCCAGCAAUCUGGGUAGAGUGUGUAACCAGGCAUUUAGCUCCAGGAUAUAGGAUAGAACAGUUAAGAAGAAAUACAAUUUCACCUGAAAUUAGACCUUGUGUGCGUGACUUUUAAGACCUGCCAGGGAGUUGAUGAGGCUGUGAGUUGUGGUUUGGGAAGAACCAUACAAACAUAUUUAAAUGCCUCUGGUCACCUGUUUUGAGCUUUGGUGUGGUAGAAGCCAAGGAAUUUCACUGAAGCCAAGUAGGAGCUACUGUAACUCCUAGCUCAGUUGCUGAUGUGCUUGGGUACAGUGACUUGUGUCUAAACCUGUGUAUGUCUUGGAAACAUGGGACUGAAGGAGGGUCAUAUGGGCAUUGAGCAUUGAAUCCAAAAUCCACUGUUACAGGCAACUUUGAGCUAGACACAGAGUGCCGAAGAGUCCACACAGUGUCUGUGCUGACCGCCUCCCCUCUGCACUGCUCCGGCCAGCACCCCAAGCAGACUCCAGUCAGGGUAACUAUUGCUCUCUAGGGCACAGCAGGGUCUGCAAGUUUAAGUUGCCUGUAUAGAUUUGCCCAUGCAGUGAUUUCCUUCCCCCCACCCCGCCCUUCCAUUUCCAUGGCUUAUUUCUCUCCACUCUUUGAAAAUUGUUCUUCUCUUGCACAAACCAAGUAGCCUUUUCCCUUGGCAUCCUGUCACUUCAGUUCUUUUGUCUUUCUAAUUUUUUUUUUUGCCAUAUGCAUCUUUAAACAACAAAGCUGAGCAUCUGGACGCUGGCUUGGAGUCUGUUCAGCCAGUCCAGUUUAGUUAUUCAUUUGCCAGUCCAGUUCACGGCAGCAAGCCUGGCUGUGUUGCCCCUGCAGCUCAGCUUCCUUGUUGCCCAGCACUGAGUCUGUCCCACCACGCUCUUGGUCUUCUGCUGGCAGCUGCAAUUCUGCUGCUGGCUUUGCUGAGGAGGGGAGGCAGAGCCAUGACCGUACUUGCCCUUGCCCCCAAUCUGCCUGGGAAAGGCGCCUGACAGUUCUGUAGAGCUUUGGGGAGAGCACAUGUUGGUGUGGAGCACCAAUAGGAAAUCAGAAGAGAUCAUGGUGCUCUGCUCUUGCACUAAUGCACAAUUCAAGCCCCUAGGCGGCUGUAAGGCUUUAAGCUUGGCUGUUGUCCUUGGUCAGGAUAGUUACAGAAACAAAUGACUAGGAAGACAGGGCAACUCCUUCACCUAAGUUACAAGGGCAUGUUUAAUACUGCAGCAUGAUCCCAUGCCUUGCCUUGACGAACAGCUCAAGAAACUUCCAUCUCCUACCCCCACUGGGAUGUUGGCAGCAGUUCACUACCUGUGAAGAACAAGUUAACCCCCAGUAGACCUCUACUCCAGGCAUACACUGGCCAGAAAUGUUGUAACAUAGGACUUUGUGCAUUAGCAGCAUCGCAUUAGCUGCAUACCCUUUCUUCCAGACCAUGAGCUUGCUCACCUGCACGAACCCUUAAGUGAAUUGCAAGCUCUUGCUUGCUUGCUGCUGCUUCUCAGGAAAUAUCCCAGCCAGUGGCUAGAUUUUACUGUCCUUGCCUUGUUCCCUCUUCUAGUUCCAUCUCUGUCCAUUCAGAAGUGUUAACAUUGUUUUAAAGGAUACGGAAGAAGACCAGCAUAGACCGUAUUUUUGUUUCUUUUUUAUUUGAUAACUUGGGCCAAUGUGGCAACCUCAUCUGCAAUGAUUUUAUUUUGUGAAAACUUAUUUUUGUAUUUCAUGUAACAGUCAAAAUUUCUACUACUGAAAAUGCCUUUUUUUUUUUUUCUAUGGGUUUUUCCUUUCCAUUGCCACAUUGCCAUCAGAGUAUUUAUUGUUAUGAAGUGGAUGCCUGGUGGGGUUUUAUGAACUAUUGCUUUCUACAAACACCCUAGUCCAGGCCCUGCUGCUUGUAUCAUCUGGUGCCCUUGUGAAAACUGGAUAGGGAAAAAUCCUGCCAAAUCGGAAAGUGGUUGUGCUUUGUACUUGCUGUGUAUGGGCAAAAAAUGGUGACCCCCUGCACAAAGCAAGGGGAAAUUGCCAACUAGGAAUUCAGCCCUCCCAGGGCCUCUUGAGCUGGCUGUGAUGGGCUGUCCUGCACUGCAGGUGGCUGAUGUAACUUCUGUCUUACUCUACUCAGAAAAGUCGUGAAGGCCCUGAGCCUGCUGACAUUUGAAGAACCUAUUAAUUCGGUAGGGAUGCUUGGGAGUAUCUGAAUUGUUGACUUCAGUGGAAGUAAGUGGAAAUAAUAUGAGUGAAAACUCUGGUUGAUUUUAUUUAGAAGCUGGGUGAAGUCUGAAGAACAUCUCAGUGCCUACUCUGUGGAGCUGCAGGAUCUCCUUAAUGGCCUCCUCGGGCCAGCCAAGCUCUCCAGCCAUGGCACUGAGAGGCAAGAGCCCAAGGGAAGGCUCCCAGGAGCAUCUGGUGCUUCCUUGGAUGCCUUCAGGGAGUGCUGAAUGCUUUAUGGGCUGCUUUGCUUUAUAUCCUCCCUUAGUCCUUGCCUUUUAAUUCUUAUUCCCUACCUUUAUUCAUUUGCUGUCCCUUGUAAAUGUUUCUCCUGUUUCUUUUUUCCAUAGCCCUUGUGAAAAGGGGAGCCCUGAUGUUUUGUUAGAAGGGGCUGACACCUAUUGAGAGAGACAGAAAUGCUAGGAAUGGUAGCUGAGGGAAGCGUGUAGUAAAUGGGGUAUAAACAGCACAAUUGUUCAUCUACCACACCUCAUGGGACUCGUGCAGUCAGUAGGUUGGAGACUUCCUGAGGCGAAGGUUGCAACUGGACUUACAUGUUUAGUGACCACUUUUGGAAGGAGAUUCCAUGGACAUUAAAGUCAACAAGAGCUGAGUUAAGGUCACGGAUCAAGGAGCCAAUUCAUCUUGUGGCUCAGCAGCCACAGUUGUGCUGAGAGUCAAGAAGAUGCAGCUUGUGUAGGCGAGAUGCAAAAUCAGCACCUUGAACAUGUGUCCCUGGAAAGAGGCACAAUGAAGUUGAUCUUUUUAAAAGAAACAAUCAGAGCAAUAUUUCCAUUCUGUGACAGAAAAAUGUUCAAGUAACUUCAUUUUUUCCUGCCUUCUCUUGCCAAGUUUCAGUAGCUUUGCCUAUAGUGUUGCUCUGGAUUUAAUAGCAUGUUGGAGCCCUUGCUGGGACCCCUGCCCAGGUCAUUCAGGUAUUGCAUCCCUUUCUGAUUCUGUGCAUUAACAAGGCAACAGGCACCACGUGGAAAAUUCAUCACCGUGAAAUCCUGGCACUUCCUAAUCCUCCACAGUAGGCACAUCUCACCAGCAAGAGCUCUCGCCACCUCCUCGCCUCCGUCCGAAGCACAAUGAUCUGCAAAAGAGAGGUCAGGCGAAUCCGAGUGAUCGUGCCUUACAUGCAGGGAUACUCGAUGUCUUCAGCAGGCUGAUCUGAGUCACCUUGCUACGAAACACUGUCUUAAUGUGGACUGUACAGCUUCCUGCAGCGAGAAGCGGUUGUUGUCACGUGGAUAGACCCAACAGGUUAAUCUCUUCUUUGUUGAAGAACUUCAUGGUUUUGAACUUGGUGGGGGUGGGAAAAUAUCAGCUGUUAGGGGAUAGAUGAAGUCUCAUUAUUGAGUUUCUCCUCUUGGGGAGGAAGGACAGAAGUUACAAAUGCUGCAGUCUGCUUCACUCUGUAAAAGGGAUCUUGUAUGUACAGUAUUUUUAUAUCUCUGCAUUCCCACCUUUCAGGUUAUGAAUCAGGAUUAAUAACAUUCUCUUACUUGGGGCGGGGGAAGAAAAGGAUUUUUAUUUUUACAGUGCUAGACCUUUGUGCAUUUUUAUUUUGUGCCAAAUUACAGCCACUGUUACAUUCUAGUAUUUUCAUUCACUUUAUUGCUAUUGAUCAAUGUGUGUGUUAUAAAUUUCUAUUAUCAAGGUUUUGGUUUUAAUUCAUAUUAACUGGUAUGCAAACUGACUGUGGACUGCUAAUUUAUAUAUAAAGGGGAGCACCUGGAGACAGUGUGAGGACUCCCCUACUUAGUUUACGCUCUGGUAACCUAGUGCAGCCAGUCCAUGAAACUCAUUGCGUCUUACACCGAAUGCUCUCCACCCUGCGCAGAUUGCUCCUGCCCUUCCUCCAGGCAGCACCAACGCUGCAAGGCUGUGUGAGAUGCAGUAGGAACUGAAGCACAGCUCCGCAGCGUGGACCGAUGGGACCGAGCUCUCUGCCCUCCUGCUCCCAGCAGCGAUGCCAGGGAGGGUGCUGCAGCAGAAAUUCCCAUCUGGGGGUGACUUUGAGGGUUACUCUGCCCAAUAUCCAUGCCCAGCGGAUGGACAGGUUUAGUUUUGCCCCACUCUCUCAAGUGCUUAGUUUUGCAGUUGCUUUGGGAAGUGGGUGUGGGAUGUAGUGCUGAGGCACAGCAGUGCCCCUCACAUGAAGUAUACCACAGGCAGCUUGUCUUUUUUCUUUUUUUUUUUUUGUUGUUGCAGAGGACAGGCAUAAACCUACAGAGAUCCCAGUUUACUCUUUUUAGAAAAAUAUGUACUGUAGCACACUUCUGGCUGUGCAGCGCUGCCGUGGAGGCUCUGGCCGUGCUGCACACAAGCGCUGCUUGGACUGCUAUGCCCCGGACAGGCUGCAGGACACAGGUUUUGUGUUGAGAAGCUGCCCCACCCUCAGCUUCUGGGCUGGAGGUACCAUCAGCCACCUCCUCCCAGUGAGUAGCACAGGGCAAGGCUUAGCUGCACAGUUCGGGCUCUUCCAGGAGAGUCUCGGAGAGGACGGUGGCACACACAAAUGAGUGUUUUCUGCUUCACUGUAAACAAGUUCCACUGUAUCAGUGCCGACUCCACGGUGUGUCUCCAGCUGUAUCUGCGCACUGCGGUACCGUUAACUGCCUCGGAGAAAUAACUGCAGUUGUCUCACUUAGCUCUUCAGGGUAAACUUCCAGCCUGUUGAAUCUAAAUAUUAGCCAUGCAGCGAGAUGGAUUAGUCAGAAGGCUUAAAUUCU